AUGAUCAUCAGCUAUGUAAUCAAGUACGACCACGAAUCAGCACCGGAUCUUGCAGAAAUCAAAUCUCGUGUCGAGAAGGUCCAGCAGCUCUUCCCUCUACUGCAAGCUCGCAUCGUCGAUGGGCACACCACGCAGCCGGCAUUCGAGCUUCGGGACCCUUGGCAUCCGAGCGAGAUUGUGCGAGAGAGGACCCUGUCCGAGACCGAAGACGAUGGCGACGAUGCAGCGCUCAUUCAAUGUCAACUGCAACGAAGCCAGCGAGUGGACUAUUAUACUCGGCCAGCGUGGUCGGUCGACCUCAUUCACGGCGCCAAGACGUCGUUUCUUGGCCUGAACACAAACCACGUCAUCAUGGAUGGACGUGGGUCGCUCCGUCUCCUUGCCGCUCUCACCCAGCCAGACGGAAUGGAAGGUUUGUCUACCGAAACACUCGGUGCUAGCCUCUACGACAAUACUGUCGACAUUAAACCGACCUUGAAGACUAUGAUCCCAGUGUUCUGGCAGGAAAUCAUUGUCCCCAUCCUACCGGUCUGGCUGCAGCAACGAGUCAUUUCCUCAACGUGGCCCGGCGCUCAGCCGACUCCCCUGAACCGCGACUUUGAUGUUGCCCUCGCUUCCCUCUCCGCCAGCACUACUGCCCUUCUAAAGGCCACGGCCAAGGCUCGCGGUGUACCGACUCUCCACCCAGUGCUGCAGACCGCCUACGUAGCCGCCUCGUGGGCUGUGUUCCACAAAGACGCCGACGAGCUCACGUUUGUCACCUCGGCACCCCGCAGUGAGCGCACACCUACUCUAGGACACUCGGCAGUGACCUCGGUGUACGUCAAUGUGCUGGAAGACAAGGGCAUCGCUCGUGGUUCCCACAACUUCUGGGACGAGGCGCAGCGACUGUCCGCCCACCUCACCGACCCGAGCACCAUUGACACCUGCCGCCGCACCAUCGGCCUCCUUGCGUGGAUGCCAGACCCGACACCGGGGAAAGACGGCAUCACGGGGUGGGAUAGAUACUUCACCAUGCGGGCCACGGCCGCUGCGCCAUUCUUCGACAGCCUCAUGGUGUCCAACCUGGGUGCCAUGUCGUUGCCGCCCGGUGCGACCGAUUCGUUGUGGAGCCAGAUCAACCACCCUUGUACACUAGCACUGUGCGGGAGUCUUUUUGGUCACAAUGGCGGACUACGACUCACGACCACGUUCUUUGAGGGUGUACCGGCCACGAAGGCCGAGGUCGACCGCGUCCACCGCUUGUGGGAGGGUAUCCUGACGCAGGUGGCUACGGGGGCUGGAGGCACCUUUGCCGACUUGGCACAGGCAGUGGAGGCGGAAUGA